UAGCAUCAAAUAGAGUAACACUUAUCCGGACAGGAAGCAACCAACAUUAGACCCUCUCAAAGUUCAGAAAUUGUCAGCUGCUGGUCCAAGGGUGUGUACGCAAAAGCUAAAGGUUGGUGACCAGGAAGCACCAUAAAAAAUGACAUCUGAGGUGUAAAGAUGACUUUGGUACAAGUAGUGGGAGCACUAUUCAACAGAAGUGACAAAAAAUAUCUGAAAAAAUUGCACUCUGUCCGGAGGAAUAUGCCAGCUUGUCUGUGCCCUGGUACAAAAAAUUACUUGCCAGUGUACCCCCGCUCCAAAAAAAGGUGCAAUCAACCUUGUGCUUUAAAUCAUGAUGUCGUCCGUAUAGCAUCUUCGCCAUGGCGACCAUAUGUUUUCAAAACAACAAAGUUUUCUCUUCAGAACAUCCCCUUUAAAGAUUGCAAUCAACCAGCAAACAGCAGUCUGCUGACAGUCAGCCAAGAUUCUUUAUUGAUUACCUGCUCUCUUCAGAUCAGUGUGAGUAAUAUACUGUUAUACCAGUUGGAUAUUCUUUCUGAAGGGGCCCAGCGUUUCUAACAUCUUCAGUGCCUCUCACAAUGGAAGCCCAAGUGGAGCCAGCAGAGAUUCCUCUCAACGAGUUUUGCAUUAUCAAGCAAACCCAGGGUAAGGGAUAUGGAGUUUUCGCCACUCGCAAUAUUCCCCAGGGAACACGUAUCCUCGCGGACCCACCGAUGUUGAAGCUACCCGGUGCUGUGAUGGAGCACGCGAAAUUGACAAAAGCUGAUAUCGAAGCGCUAGCUGCGACUAUCAGCACGAAAUUGAAGGCUCUCAGCAAGGAGCAGCAACGCGAGUUUUUCUCGCUCGCAAACACUCAAAGGGCUCAAUUCGGCGUUUUUCUUGGGAUUGCAGCCACCAAUGCGAUGCUCAUCGAUUUUGAAACAACUGAAUAUGGAAUUUUUCCCAAGGUUUCCCGUUUCAAUCACGGAUGCCGGCCUAACUCUAUGAGGUCAUACCAUCCUGUGCUCGACCAAGCCGUUGUCCACGUCGUAAAAGAUGUCUCUGAAGGGGAAGAGAUCACCGUGAGCUACGUCGAGCCGGGCCUUGCAUUUUACCUUCGGCAGGAACAGUUGAAGGAGAAGUUCGGUUUCAUUUGUGGCUGUAACUUGUGUUUGAUGCCUGAGAACGAACGACGACUGAGCGACAUGAGGCUCACUACCAUCAUGUUGCUCUUUAACUCGAUCCGAGAUGACUCGGUCAUUCUGGACCAGCCCUUGGCAUCGCUCCACAACACGCAUACCGCAAUGCUCCUCCAAAAGGAGGAGGGCAUUUUGGAGGUCCUUGCCGCAACAUUUUAUUACGACGCUGUAAUGAUCACGAUGGCACACGGCGAUCAUGCGCGAACCCGAGUUUUCGCAGAAAUGGCGAAGGAAGCAGCAAUAGCUUCGUACGGGGUUGACCACCCUAUCACAAUGGGAACACAGGCUCUUGCUGAUGAUCCAGUCGGUUUCGGGAUUCAAGUCAAGUCGACGAUGUGGAAGCAUUCGGUAGAUGAGAUCCCUGUGGAAUUAGACGAUGAGGCUUUUAAUAGCUGGCUGUGGAAGUUAGAGGAAUGA